AUGCCUCCACAGUCUAUAGUGAACUCAGCCUCUUCUGAGUUUAAAGUAGGAACAAUUGCUAAGCAAUAUGCCAUACUCUGGCUCCACAACAAAGAUGCACUGCCCUUUAUUGGAUUUGAUGCUUGCCAUUUAAAAGGGGUUUAUGGUGGACAGUUGCUUAUAGCAAUUGGGAUUGAUCCCAAUAAGGAGACUUGGGUGCUAGCAUAUGCUGUAGUUGAGAUGGAAACAAGGGAGUCAUGGACAUGGUUCAUUGAUUUGUUGGCCAAGGAUGUGGACAUUGUCAAUUUCCAUAGAUGGGCCUUCAUAUCUGACAAGCAAAAAGGAUUGCCUGGUGCAUUUGAAGACAUUGUGCCUAAUGGUCAGACAAGCUUCUGUGUGAGGCACCUUUAG